CUGCGGUCGGUGGAGUGACUUUGUAGUGUGGUGAAAAUCCUGAAACUGUUUCUUUCUUGGAGUGGUCACACGGGUGAAACUCCUCACUACAGAAAGGGGAGAAGUGUGCAAUGGCGUCAAGUGACGUCUAUCUUCCAAGAGAGGCUUUUGCGCACAGCUACCACAAGUGAUUUCUAUCUGCUAAGCUCAUCUGCGCAGAACUUCUACCACAGAAGAACAUUUACGACAUUGCCGAGCGACUCUCCUUCACUAGAUAAAUAAAAUAGAAAGACGCAUCUCCGUGCUGAAAAAAACCAUAUACCAUGUCGUCGCGUUCCUCUCCUGCUCCCCCAUCCUCGCCCUGGCGAGUCAACAUCCGAGUGGAAGCGUGGUCGCCGCACUUUUUGUUCUGCCGGGGCAGAAUCUUUGUCCAGGAUGCGCGACGAGAUGUUGACCAGCAUGAUGAUGAUGGCACGACUACGAAAACUACGACAUUUAGCAAUAAUGGUUCCUCACCAAUCCACAACUACCUCCGGCCAAACGAGCCUGUCAUCGCGGUUAUUGACGAGGAGGCGUUGCGGAAAAAGCUAGUACAGGAAAUGUACCAGCGUAGUAGUUCCUCUACCUCGGAAUUUUCCUCGCUGCACAGAGACCAUUACAGCAACGCGGAUUAUUCAUCCGCGCCAGGAGGAUUAUACGAAGGCGGGUCGUAUGUGGAACCUGGAGUAGUAUCGACGCACACUACAACAAGCAGCAACGCGACGUACUCUUCAGGCGAAAAUAUCGCGGCCACUCUGCUUCAGCCCGACACGCUCAUUUCGGUCCACUACUCGCACGUCUUCCCCGUGCCGUCUGGAGUCGAUGGUUCUCACGCGGAGCAUGAUGAGCUACGACCCGGGGAGGUGCAAGAAAAUCUUCAAACUGCGAGAGCACGUUCAAGCUCAUUGCUUUCCCAGCUGGAAUCCACCGUGGCGGGGCUGGAAUUGCUGGCGAGGCUCCCUGUUGGCGCGCUGGAAGAGGAUAUAUUGCUGGUCGCGAACCACCGGGCGGCCAUGGGCGUCGUGCGAGCCUUGGAGGUGGUACGUCGAGCGGGCUUUGAUGCAGGAGUUGCUGGAACUUCUACAAGCGAUGGUUGCAGCUCUAGUGGCACAUCAGCUCGCGGAGUAGCCACAUCAUCUCCGAGGUUUUAUCAAACUCACCCUGUUGCAGGUCUCACCGUCCUCACCGAGUCGGGGUCUUCGUUCGCCGAGGACCUGCGGCUGAGGCAAGAUGCAGCACCGAAAUGUUCCGCAGGAGGGAAGAACAACUCUCAUUUCUUCGAGGUUGUCGAGCUCCCCCGCAGAAACAAUAACUCACCGGGAGAAAUACAACAACGCGCGGAAAACACUGCGGGGGGCGGAUCAGGGAUAAUCACUAGUGCAACAUCAUCAUCCAACUCUGCCCUGCUAAUCCCCGAGUCGCUGCAAACACGGAGGUUCAAGACGAUUCUGUAUUGCGGGCUGAAUCUUGAGAGUGCUUGUCGUAAUCUGUCAUCAGCGACAUCCUCUUCUUCGACUCCAUCAGCCGAGCACAACCCGAGCUUCGUCCGGCAACUUUUCGCCUUACUGUCAUCGUCCUCGACGGAACAACAUCGCGACCAUUUUUACCAUUCCGGUUUCACCCCCUCGACCCCCACCUUCGUGGUUUUGACGAGAUCUUUUGAGCUCGCCCCGAUUGAGUGCCAGUACCUGAUUUCCAAGAAUGUCAGUUUGCUCUUCCACCGCUGUUUUGGCAGCAGCGGCAGUAGUACCAGCAGCUUUGGAGCCAGCGCAGGCUCGGCUUUGGUGGAAUUGGUGAAAAAAGCCUUGUAUAAUGAUAAGGCGUUCUUGUCGUCGUGUACUACUAACACUCCGAAUGAGCAGGAGGCAAAACACGACGACCACCACGCCCCGUACCAGCAGCGAAGUCUCCGUCAGUUUUCGUUUGAAGACGCAAGCACGGAAGUGUGGCACUGCGGAUAGCUGGUAGUAAACUCAGCCUGGACCGUCGGUGCUGGGGCAGUUGUGUUUAGUCACGUCGUGUUUAAUAUCUUCUUUCAUAGUUGUUCAUCAUGUAUGUCGGCAGAAGUUGAAGUUGUGACAAAGCCAGUGUUGUGAACAAGACUGACUCCCGGCGCACGAUGUUUCAGUCGAACCCUUUGCAAAAAGGAGAAGACGCA